UAACGCGCGCGGAUCGCGCAUUUUAGGAACAAGCGGCGUCUUUUUCGCUUCUUCCUCUUGCAUGCUGAUAGAAACUGCUGUUGCGCGCUCUUCUGCUGCCGAUAUCCAGAGAUUGCCUAGCCAAAGGUACCUGUUGUGUUUUUGUUCCCUUUAAUUUACGUCAGUUUAGGAACGCGGCGAAAUGGACCGCUUUUCCCCAAGUAAGUACAUGGACCUUCUAUAUCACAGAGAGGGAGAUUGAGUGUUAACAUAUGGAAUGGCAGGCUUGGAAGAGGACCACGAGGAGGAGAUAGCAGAGGAGAAGAUUAUCAAUGAAGGUAUGGUGGAGCUUCCGAGAGUAUAUGACUUUGCACUGAGCACUGACCGAGCUCCUGCAGAAUACAAAACAUGGAAGAAGAAUGCGCCUUUUCUAUAUGAUAUGAUCCUGAGCACCGCCUUAGAAUGGCCAACUCUGACAGCGCAAUGGCUUCCAGACAAGCAGGAGGACCCUGACAAAUCUUACUCUACACAUCGCCUUUUGCUAGGCACUCACACUUCAGGCGAGGCACAAAACUACCUUCAAAUAGCUCAGGUGCAGCUACCAAACCCCAAAAACCCAGAAGCCGAAGAUUACGAUGAAGAGAGGGGUGAGAUUGGAGGCUAUGGCGGGUCCAACAAGACGUCGAUGGAGGUGAAGUUUAACAUCGUCCAAAAGAUUGAUCACAAGGGAGAGGUGAACAAGGCACGGUACCAGCCGCAAAACCCUAAUAUUAUUGCAACAAUGUGUACCGAUGGACGGGUUAUGAUAUGGGAUCGAUCAAAGCAUCCUAGCCUUCCUCAGGGCACAGUUAACCCGCAAUUGGAGUUGUUAGGCCAUACUAGCGAAGGCUUUGGCUUAAGCUGGAAUCCUCAUACUGCAGGAGAAGUGGCCACUGGAAGUGAAGACAAAACUGUCCGGUUAUGGGAUCUUAACACAUACACGAAAGGCAACAAGGCUUUGAAACCAGUGAGAACAUAUACACACCACUCUUCUAUCGUUAAUGAUGUCCAAUAUCACCCACUCCACUCAUCUCUCGUUGGUACCGUCUCCGACGACAUCACCCUCCAAAUCCUCGAUAUCCGUGAAUCAGACACAACGCGGUCUGCCGCUUCUGCAAAGGGACAGCACAAAGAUGCCAUCAAUGCAGUGGCUUUCAACCCCGCCGCGGAAACAGUAGUAGCUACUGGCUCUGCUGACAAGACUAUUGGUCUAUGGGACCUACGAAACCUCAAGUCAAAGCUCCAUGCGCUAGAGUGCCACCAGGACUCAGUCACCUCGCUAUCGUGGCACCCCUUCGAAGAGUCCGUGUUGGCGAGCGCAAGUUACGACAGACGGAUCAUGUUCUGGGACCUCAGCCGCGCAGGAGAAGAACAAACCCAGGAAGACGCCCAAGACGGGCCUCCAGAGCUAUUGUUUGUGCAUGGCGGACAUACAAACCGCAUAUCCGACUUCAGCUGGAACCUUAACGAUCCCUGGGUGCUUUGCUCAGCUGCUGAAGAUAACCUGCUGCAAGUAUGGAAGGUCGCGGAUGCAAUCGUCGGCAAGGACAUGGAGGACGUUCCUACUGAGGAGCUGGAGUCAUGAUACAUUCUGUACUGCCCUGUAACUAUAGCCAACGUAUUCCCCUUGCCACCAACGCUGUGCAUCAUCAUCACAUCACAUCGCAACGCCCAUGUAUCCAUAGCCAGCUGUGCGGACGAUUACAAGACACCCUGCAGAACUACCAGGGCCUGCAUCUCAUCUCUCUUCACUGUAGAUCUUCCCUGUGGCGGCCCUUUUCUGCUCCCUCUAGGCCAGAACGUCCCAGCCCGAAUCCCAACAUGUUCUGCGCCCUGUCUUCCCCAGCAGCUCCCUUCGGCUUCCGUCGUAUUGUUGCUCACAAACCACCCUCAUC